AUGAAGAAAUGGCAGGUUACACACACAGAAAAAUCUGAAAUGACCAUUAGGGAACACUUUUGGGGAUUUAUUUCACUAAAGGAAGCUACUGGUGCUUUCAUCACUGACUCCAUUCUAGAAAAACUUCAUGAAGUAUCUUUAUCAGUUGAAAAUUUUCGUGGCCAAGGAUAUGAUAAUAGAAGCAACAUGAAAGGUAAAGAUAAUGGAGUGCAGAGAAGAUUACUGAAUAAUAACUCGAGGGCAUAUUUGGUUCCAUGUAGUACUCAUAGUUUGAAUUUAUUGGUCAAUGAUACUGCCAGGACUGAUAAAAUAUUUGAAGAAGUACUUGAUGCUCGUGAUGUAGCUGAUGAAUUUGGUAUGUGUGCAGAAUUUGAAGCAAAGCCAGUGCGCAUUAGAAGAAAGAAACAACAAUUCUCAUAUGAAGGGAAAAAUGAACCUAUCCAGGAUAGUAAACAAAGUUACAAAAAAAUUUCUUUUUGCAAUACUGGAUACGUCACAACUCAGUUUCAGAACGCUUUGAAUAACUGA